AUGAAGAUCGACGGAAACAUUAGCUGCAGCCAAAUGCAGCAGAACUGGACACGAUAUAUGGUAAUGACAGAUACCAAAUCGUUGCGAAAGCCGGUUGAGUUCCAGGAAGAAAAUGAAGUUCAUGCUUCGAUUCCAACGAAUAAAAAUGUGGCAAAACAUUUUGAAUUCAUCAAUCCGGUUGAAAGGGGUAUCCAGAGUACACCUUGGAUACUAAAUACUCCGGUAUGGACUUUCCAUAAUAGCCUAGUACAAACUGGUAUCACGCAUUAUGAAGGUGGAUGGCCAAAGGAUAUUGAUACACACGACGAAGAGAUCACUGCACGGUAUCGAAGGAAGCAGGAAAAAAGUGAAGCGUAUCUAUGCCAAAUGAAAGGAUUGUCCAAGACUAUGGAGCAUGCCAUUCUACAAAAUAGCGCCUGCGAUAUCUAUCAGAAUUACUUUGAAGAUGUAGAACAACACGAACUGAUCGAACAGUUUAGCUCGAAAACGGUUCAUGUGUAUAAAGAUUACUUGGACGUAAGACGCUCUUGCAAUUACAUCAGCUGGUCAGAGGAAGGAAUACAUUUUGCUUCUACUCAUUGUAACAUCGGCGAAUUGAAUAAUGCCGUUACGGACUCCUAUAUCUGGGAUAUUGAAAAUCCAAAUGUGCCGCUGCAAACUCUUGUACCACCGUAUCAAGCUCGCUGCAUGGAGUAUAACUUCAAGGACGGGUGUCAGCUGGCCGGCGGACUACUUUCUGGCCAAAUCGCUAUAUGGGACAUUCGGGUUGCGAACGAACCCGUUGAGGUGACGCUUCGCGAGGCCAGUCACAAAGAUGUCGUGACCAAGGUUCUGUGGACCGGUACGAAAACGUCAAAUGAGUUUCUAUCGGGCUCAACCGACGGAAGGAUCCUUUGGUGGGACAUGCGUAACCUGAAUGAACCGUACGAUUAUUUGAAUCUCGCACCGAAAGAUGCACAGAAUGUGGACCCCAAGCGAUGUUUUGGAGUGUGUGCCGUGGAAUUUGAGCAAACGAUGCCGAACAAGUAUACAGUCGGAACGGAGAAUGGCAUAAUCUACAGUUGUAGUAGAAAGUACAAAACCCCGGCUGAUAAGAUCCAGGCACUUACUUAUGCUCACACUGGUCCGGUCUAUUCGGUAGAACGAAACCCGCUGUUUAUUAAAAACUACAUUAGCGUUGGGGAUUGGCAAACGAAGAUCUGGACGGAAGAUUGUCGCGAUAGUCCUAUUGUGUGGACAAAGGAGUAUGCCGUUCAGCUGACCUGUGGAGUUUGGAGUCCUACUCGAUGCUCGUUGGUUUUCAUUUGCCGUAUGGAUGGAGUGAUGGACGCUUGGGAUGUCAUACAUCGCUUGGAUGGACCUGUGCUUCGCAUCAAGCUUUCAGAUGUGCCUCUACUUUCGCUGAGGGUCCACAAAAGCGGAAAGCUGAUAGCCAAUGGUACGGAAAGCGGUGCCAUCUAUCUAACCGAAAUUUCUGACAACUUGACCUUCAGCUCGGCCAACGAUAAACCCGCAUUGUCAGGCAUGUUAGAACGUGAGAUGCGAAGACAGCGUCUACUGGAAGCAAAGAUCAAAGAAAUGAAACUCAAAGAAAAGGAACUGGAGCGAGAGCGGAUACGCCGGCAGAUGCGAAUGGAGAAAGAAAACUCAAUCGAAGAUGAGGAAAGGGAUUUGGUGUUUGAAGCACAGCAUCAGUUCUGGACCAAGAUUCAUGGGCGUAAAAGCUUGAAGUCAACAUUAAAGGGACUCCGAAUGCGUGAUGCCGGCGUUAAUCUAUUGAAACCAGGCAAAAAACUAAUGCCGAAAAAAGAAAAUAAUUAA